CUGGAGGUGGAAAUUUUAGGGUUCUUCGAGCGAUGGCGAGCGGCAAGAGGAAGAUCGUAGCUGCGGUGGACGAUUCCGAGGUGUCGGCGUAUGCUUUCACCUGGGGGCUCCAAAAUUUGGUCCGUCCCGACGAUCAUGUUGUGGCGAUCACUGUUGCGCCUUUUGUUGGGGCCGAUGUUGCGACCGCGGACAUGGUUGGAGAGUACACUGUUUCAAUGACUCUCUCUCCAGCUGAGUCCGAGGCUGCCCAGAAGCAAGUCACGGAGAGUUCUAAGGCGCUGAUUUCUAAGUAUCUUAAGCAAUGCGCGAAUGCCAAUAUUUCUUGCGAAGGUGAGGUGGUGAAGGGAGAACCGGGGAGCUGGAUUGUUGAUGAAGCAAAUCGAGUUAGAGCCGACAUGGUUCUUGUUGGCAGCCAUGCCUACGGACUUAUCAAAAGGACAUUGUUGGGAAGCAUUAGCGACUUUGUUCUUCACAACGCGAGCUGUACCGUCGUGAUUGUUCGACAGCCGCCAGAAGCUUUAAAAGAGCAUGAUCCUUUGUCAUCGGCGGGACUGCCUAGAAAAAUCGUGAUUGCCGUCGACGAUUCCAAAGAGGCUGUGCAAGCGUUUUCGUGGGCCCUUGAAAACUUCUGCAGGCCAUCAGACAAAGUUGUGCUAUAUCACGUUCACAAUCCCGUCACUGUUCCUGUCACGGCUCUGGGAACUGGGGAAUUCGGCGUAGAGGACGUUUAUAUAGCUCCUGGAAACGACGUCGAGGAGGAGGUGAAAGCGUCCAACGACAGCCAACUUCUCGUUGAGAGGUUCAUGAAGGAAGUGCCAAAGGAGAUUUCUUGCGAGGGAAUGGUUGUCACUGGCCUGACGGAGGCUAAAGUCUGCGAGGGCCUUGUCACAUUGAAAGCUGACGCUGUUGUAAUAGGAACUCAAGACCGGAGUGUUCUUUCCAGGACGUUUCUCGGUAGCGUCAGUGACUACCUCGCGCAUCACAGUCCGUGUCCACUGGUGGUAGUAAAGAGCACAAGCAAAUCGGAAUAGAAAAAACAAAAGCAAUAGUAUUUAUUGUUCUCAAUGCCCACAAGUGGCGCUUUUGUGACCGUUGGAUUUACGGUGCCA